UCCUACCAUCCCCGUCCCUCAGUUACCAGCUCCUCCCUUUCAGUCUUGCACAGGUGUCCCGGCUCCUCCCCUUCAGUCUUGCACAGGUGUACCGGCUCCUCCCCUUCAGCCUUGCACAGGUGUACCGGCUCCUCCCCUUCAGUCUUGCACAGGUGUACCGGCUCCUCCCCUUCAGUCUUGCACAGGUGUACCGGCUCCUCCCCUUCAGUCUUGCACAGGUGUACUGGCUCCUCCCCUUCAGUCUUGCACAGGUGUACCGGCUCCUCCCCUUCAGUCUUGCACAGGUGUACCUGCUCCUCCCCUUCAGUCUUGCACAGGUGUACCAGCUCCUCCCCUUCAGUCUUGCACAGGUGUACUGGCUCCUCCCCUUCCGUCUUGCACAGGUGUACUGGCUCCUCCCCAUCAGUCUUGCACAGGUGUACCGGCUCCUCCCCUUCAGUCUUGCACAGGUGUACCAGCUCCUCCCCUUCAGUCUUGCACAGGUGUACCGGCUCCUCCCCUUCAGUCUUGCACAGGUGUGCCGGCUCCUCCCCUUCAGUCUUGCACAGGUGUGACGGCUCCUCCCCUUCAGUCUUGCACAGGUGUACUGGCUCCUCCCCUUCAGUCUUGCAUAGGUGUACCCAUCCAUCAGAUUCCUCCUACCAUCCCCGUCCACAGAUU